UACUAUAAUAAAUAGGGACCUUCAUUAAUUACACUUAUCUACAGAGACAAAACACUCUUCAAAACAAGGGUUUGGUUUGGUUUGUUUCUCUUCCGGGUUCUUCUGCUGUCUCCUGUUAUCUGACUCGACGCUUUGACUCGCUUUGACUCAGACGGAUCUUUUGAAAUGGAUAUUCGUGAGCAUAGAUGUUGGGUGAACAAGGAGAAGAAGUGGGUUAAAUGCAAACACUGUGGAGAGGAAAUGUCUGGCUUGCAACUUCUGAAAUGUCACUUGGGUGGUGUUGGUUCAGAUGCGACUCCAUGUGAACAAGCUGCAUCUACUGUUAGAGAGAUGUUUCGAGAUGUGGCUACCAAGGAGAAACAUAAUCUUAGAUCUGCUAAGAGUAGGAGUGUUGGGGAAGUCCAACUGGUUAAUGCUCAUAAGCGUGGGAGAAGCCAAGAUUCAUCCAGAGAAAGUGAUACUCCUUCAGCUGUGGAGUCCUUAGGCUUUAGAGAGAUGAUGAUAGCUGCAAGUGAUGGUACCGUCCCUGAUUCUAAUGAUUUAAAAGGACGGAUGUUUCAAGAAGCUUUGGAAGAAGUGGAAGAGUAUGUGAAGAAGGUCAAAGAGUCAUGGGCCAUCACUGGUUGCAGCAUCUUGUUGGAAGCUUGGGUUGACAGUAAAGGUCGUGAUCUUGUUACUUUCCUUGCAGACUCUCCAGCUGGUCCAGUCUAUCUAACAUCUUUGGAUGUUUCCGACAUCAAACAGGACAGCAAGGCCUUGAUAUCUCUAGUGGAUGGGCUUGUUGAUGAAGUUGGAGUGCAAAACGUGGUUCAGAUCGUUGCAUGUUCAGCUUCUGGUUGGGUUGGUGAGCUAGGCGAGUCUUAUGCUGGCAACAAGAAGGGAGUGUUCUGGUCUGUGAGUGUAUCUCACUGCUUUGAGCUUAUGCUGUUGAAGAUUGGGGAACUUGAUUCACUUGGAUACAUAGUUGACACUGUCAAUGUGAUUACAGAUUACAUCAACAACAAUCCAUUGGUUUUGAAGCUUGUCAGAGAUCAAGAUCACAGCCUCACUGUCUCCUCAGAGUUUGAGUUUUUCUUGCCGUACUUAACUCUAGAGAGUAUCUUCAGGGCCAAGAACGAGUUAACAGCCAUGUUAGCUUCAUCUGAUUGUAACAACGAAGAAGAUGUAAGAAUAUCCAAACUGGUGAAUGAUUUAACUUUCUGGAAAACUGUUGGCAAAGUAAUGAAAUGCACAUCUCCUCUGAUCCAUGGUCUGCUCUGGUUCUCUAAGGCCAAGAAUCAGCAUGUUGGGAAUAUCUAUGAGAUUAUGGAUGUCAUAAAGGAGAGUAUCGCCAGGGAGUUCAAUAACAAGGAGUCAUGUUAUGAGCCGUUGUGGGAUGUGAUUGAUGAGGUCUGGAACAAGCACCUUCACAGUCCUCUUCAUGCUGCUGGUUACUUUCUGAAUCCGGUUACUUACUACUCAGAUGAUUUCCAUCUUGAUUCUGAAGUAGCAGCCGGUCUUUGCUCCUCUCUGGUUCAUGUAGUGAAACAAAGUGACAUUCAAGUUAAAGUUGCCACUCAGCUUGACAUGUACAGAGUUGGUGAAGAGUGUUUUAAUGAGGCCAGUCAAGCUGAUCACAUCAUUGGAAUCUCUCCAGCUGAGUGGUGGGCUCAAAAGGCGAGCCAGCACCCAGAGCUGCAGAGUUUCGCUAUUAAGGUUCUGAGCCAGACAUGUGAAGGUGCUUCAAGGUACAAGCUACAGAGUAGAUUAGCAGAGAAGCUGGUGCCCAGUGAAGGAAUGACCAGUUGUGAGCAAGAGCGUCUUGAAGAUUUGGCGUUUGUUCAUUACAAUCUUCAUCUCAAAAGCUGCAAAGCCAAACUAAGUGAAGAGCAGUGAAGAGAUUCUGCUGCAGGAUAUUUAUAUAUAUAUAUAUGGAUGGAAUGGCAGAUUCAACUUCUUUUUUGUCAAUGUGCAGAUAAUAGUUAUGUUAGUUUGUAAGUUCAUGAAAGCCAUCUUUUGUCAACGUGCAGAUAACAGUUGAGUAGUUUGUAUGUUCAUGAAAGCAGUUGUGCACUAUUGAUUUGGAUCACGCAGCAUAAUGAUCAACUUAAGUCUUCUUUUAUAUAUCUUUCUCGUUAAAUCGAACUUGGCAUGGGAAGAGCUAUGCCAAUAACUUCAAACCAGAACGUUUUCAUAUGUGUUGGAAGCGUUGGAUAUACAUGUUUGUGUUUCUUGCAAAGAUUUGCCAAAUUGGGUUCGAUAUAACAAUCUUCAUCUACAGAAGCCACACUAAGAGAAGAACACUGAAGAGAUUGUGUUAGCACAUGGCUUGAGCUUUUAAUCAAUUUGUAGAUUUUUAUUUAUGUAAGUUUGUAUAUCCACUCACACAAAACAAUGAUCAAAUCUUUUUUGUCCUCCUUUAAUCUGUAAGUGAUUUGUAAAGUUUUAAAAAAUUGGAAAAAAAUUGGAAAAAAAUAUACACAAGAAUCCAACAGAUUUAAGCCAAAAAUAUCGUAUGAACACUAGACAAUUAUUUCAACACAAACUUGUUAUCUACUCGUUGGUUUUCAAAUUUCAAAUAUUAAACUCUAUAAAAAUCUGGAAAUAUUGUUAUAAAAUUGUCAACCACAAGACAAGAACAAUACUCAGAAAAGAGUAUCAGGCCACUAACCUCUGACCAGAAAGCGACAGAAAAAAAACUUAUUAACAUACGCUCUUGCAUGUGAGAUUUUGUUUUCUUCUCUUCUUUUUAGUUUAAUUCACUUUUCUUUGAAAAUAUUGAGAAAAAGACAUCAAAAAUUACAAGUGCCCGUGUAAAUUGAAAGUAGUGUGUUGCAGAUUCUCUCCUCUGUUCUGUUCAACUGUACCUUUGUCUUUUGCACUCUACCCAAUUACCAACUCAAUAUUUUAAUUCAUUAUUUGGUAAUAAUAAGAAAGAGAAGAGCUUUUUUGAGAUAACAUUUAAUGUUGACUCACAAUAGAGAUUUUUUUUUGAAUUUCAAAUUGAGAAACUUUUUAAGAUUGGAAAAUAAAUAGAAGUGUGACCACCUACUAGUACCAUAAAAGCCAGAUAGAUAGAUUACUGUGGGAGAAUCUGGCAGCAUUUUAGAAGUAGCUCUUCUCCUCUCCCUCUAAUUCUUGAAUGUUCUCUUUCAGCCAUUGGAAGAAGUAGAAGAAAUAAAAAAGGGAUUAUGUCAUUCAAGUCUUGUGUACUUUGAGAGAAGAAGCUGAAGUAUAUUUGUUGGAGAAGUUCAUCAUUUCCUGUUAUGGUAAUAACUACCAAACCCCAGACACUUAGGAUGUAUGACUCUCAGCUUUUGAAAUCCAAUUCAUUAUGGGGCACAGGAACCAAGUCAGAGAGUAUAGAAACUUCCCAAGAGUCUACAAGUGGACAAUCUUUUUCAUAUAGAUUCCAACUUGAAGAGGAUGU